AUGAUUUCUUUGGUUUCAACAUUUAAUUGUCGACUUUAUGGAAUAGAUCAAUCAUCUAUAGAAACAAAAUUGAUUGAAAUAAAUAAUUCAUCAUCCUACAAUCCUAUUUUAAAUUUAGGCCGUUCAACAUUUUCUGGUAAAGCAACCUCGACAAAAAUUGACAAUCAAAACUAUGUUAGUACAUAUCAUAAUUUCGAUAGUUUAGGUGUACCCCAUUACUUUCUAUUAAUAAUUGAUAUUGAUUUAAAAUCAAUCAAACUUAAUUUAACAUUAAAUGAAAAAUAUGGUUCUGGAUCAUUUUGGCAAAUAGCAGCAAUUAAUGAUAAUGAUAUUAUUGGUAUAAGAGAAAGUUUCCAUCCAGGAUCAACAUUAGAAGUAGCUAAAAUUAAUCAAACAAAUGGUCUUAUGAAAACGAUUGGAACAUAUCCAUAUGGUUCAUAUAGUUUAGUUAUGACAUAUGCAUCUAAACGUCGAUUAUAUUAUAAUAUAAUUGAGUCAACAUUGUAUGCUGUCAAUGUUGAUAUAGGAAAUCUGGUUGUUAAUAUACAAAUACCAAAUGAUUAUUUAAUAUAUGCACUAGACUAUGAUUCUAUUAAUGAUCGUUUAAUUGCUCUAGUGUAUUCUUCGUCAAUUACAAACGGUUGGAUUUUAACUCAAAUGAUAAUAACAACAGAAAAAGAAAUACAAUUCGAUCGUAUUGGUAAAACAGAAAUUCCAUUUGAGAAAUAUCUAUGGACAACAACGUAUACAAUAAAUUCAAACGAACAUUCAUGGAUGACAAUAUGGAGUGUUAAAAAUUCAAAUGCUAGUAUUUUUAUCUUAUUUAAUAUCGAUACUGGAGAAAUAAUCGAAAAAUGGGAAAUAAGUUCAAAGAAUCUUGGUAAUUUAGUUUGUUUCGAUUAA